AUGACUCGCGCACUUCUCAAGGAUGCCAACCAGCCCAAAUGUUGCUGGGGCUAUGCAAAACUCUACGCCGGCGUCAUUCGCAACAAGAACCUUUCUAAUGGCGAUAUCGUGUCAUCACCAGCCGAUAAGUGGUUUCAAACCACAGUUCCACGUUUCCCCGAAGCUCACUAUGCGUGCGUCAUCAUUUGGAAAUUAGUAGGAAAGAAGUAUACUGAUGCCCACAAAUAUGGAGAUCAUUUCGGUCGAGGAGUUUUCCUAGGUCGCUGCCCCAGCUCGACACCUGACACUUGGCUCAUUCAGAGUUUCAAACCUCAGCGCAAGCUUUUCUCCCGCAAUGACUUGACCAAGCGUUCUAAGUCCAUCCCUUUCAUCUCGCCUCAUCCUCCAAACGUGGCCACCACUAAGCGUCCCACUCUUCCACCUAUCUGCCACAAUUUAUCAUCUCCCCCACACACACCACCGUCAAUUGAGCAGGUCUAUAUCCUUCCCAAAGCUACUCUCCCAUCCACUACAAUGGUUUCACCGUCCGAGCCACCACUGCCCCUCCCAUGUCCACCUAUUGACAGUACCACCACCGUUCCUGCAAAAUCAAUGACGUCCGAUCAACCACAACCGUCCUCCUCAUCCGAGCCACAACUGCUCUCUCCCCCCACAUCACCAAUCGUCCACGACGAUCCAACCGAUGACUACCUUCAACUGGUUUUGCCUGCCAUUUCUCACAUACCGCCCAUGCCUUCGGCCAUACCACUAAAACGCCCUCAACCAGUUUAUGUCGAACCUAGACAUCGUCUUCUACUAACCGAUUCCAGUCGUAUUCAUCAACUUGAACCUCGCAAUACCUCCCUCGUCUCUGAACGAUCCCAACUCCCUGUACCACCAUCAUCUACACUUCUGGCUCCUACUCGUACACCAUCCUUUAUUCAUUUUGAAGCAAUGCUGCAGGAACCACGUACUUUUUUACCUCCACAUAGUACACAACGCCGCAUCCGACCUUCACCUCCUAAAUGUAUCCCACCUGCGCCUACAGCCAUACCACUCCCACGUCGUCGUCCACUCGGCUCUCUUGACAAUGAAACCUAG